CUUUCUCCUCUCCUCCUCUCUCCCCUCCCUCAGUUUCUCCUCUUCAUCCUCUGCUCUUUCGAUGUUUUAUUCUCUGUCUCUUUUCCCUCUUUCCAUAACGUGAUCCCCUGUGUUUUUUAUGUUAAUCCCACCACCUCUGCUUUCCAUCUCCAUCCUCCCAUUCCUUUUCUUUUCCACAUUCACCCCACAUUUUUUCUCCCCCUCCCUCCCAUCAUUCCUCUUUCGCCGUGGAAAAUGGAAUCAGAUCCACUCUCACCUUCCCAUCUCUUCCUCUCACGCUAAAUCCCGAGACCACCCUCCUCUCCUUUCCUCACUCUUUUUCUUUGCUAACUCUCUCUGUUUCCCUGUGGCCCUCCCCCUCCCUUUUCAUGUUUCCCCCUCCCUCCAUCCUCUCUUUCCCUCGCUGGUUCAGUUAGUCAAAGAAGAGAUUCACGGAAGCGGAGAAAAGGGGGGAAAGGCAGGACGAGAGUGAGAGUGCAGGAGUGGGGCAGGCUGGGGAGAGGGGAGUGGGGUCUCAGCCCUCUAUUGUGGGGGGUUGGGGGGGUUGAGAUACACCCCAAUAUUUUGUUCUAAGUACCAUGGACUGCCUGUGCAUUGUGACUACAAAGAAGUACAGGUACCAGGAUGAGGAGACGCCCCCCUUGGAGCACAGUCCAGCACACCUGGCUCAAGGGAAAAGUGCAGAGAUGCUUCACAUGAGUGACAAAAACCUUGCUGCAAUGGAGGCCAUCCAUGGCUACACUCCACAUACGCAUAUCUCUCCUGUAAAGCCUGUGUUGAUGUCUACGGGACACACUCCAAUGUACACCUCAGCUGUUUCCACACUGGGAAAUACUCCUCCGGUGGUUGUGAACACUGACACGCUCGAUGGCUCCCCAUAUGUAAACGGGACAGAAGGAGAAAUCGAGUAUGAAGAAAUCACUUUGGAAAGAGGUAACUCAGGCCUGGGUUUCAGCAUAGCAGGGGGCACGGACAACCCCCAUGUGGGUGACGACCCCAGCAUCUUCAUCACCAAAAUUAUCCCAGGAGGAGCAGCCGCUCAGGAUGGACGGCUAAGCGUGAAUGACUGCAUCCUGUUUGUGAAUGAUGUCGAUGUGAGGGAGGUGACACACAGCCAAGCUGUAGAGGCUCUUAAGGAGGCAGGUGCUAUUGUCCGCCUCUACGUCCUCCGCAGAAAACCAGCAGCAGAGAAAGUCACUGAAAUCAAACUUAUCAAAGGUCCGAAAGGAUUAGGCUUCAGCAUUGCUGGAGGGGUGGGAAACCAGCACAUACCAGGAGAUAACAGCAUCUAUGUCACCAAGAUCAUUGAAGGCGGAGCAGCUCAUAAAGAUGGACGACUGCAAAUUGGGGACAAGAUCUUAGCGGUGAACAACGUGUGUUUGGAGGAUGUGAUGCACGAGGACGCGGUGGGGGCUCUGAAAAACACAGCCGAGGUGGUUUACCUCAGGGUGGCCAAGCCCAACAACCUCUUCCUAACCAACUCCUACAACCCUCCAGACCUCACCAGCACAUAUUCCCAUAUGGACACUGAACUCAGCCACCCCGGUUAUCUUGGAUCCGAUUACCCACAAGCCCUCACUCCAACCUCGCCAAGUCGGUUUUCUCCUGUUCUGCAUGGCAUGAUGGGAGACGAUGACAUCCCGAGAGAACCUCGUCGGAUUUUGAUCCACAGAGGUUCCACAGGUCUGGGAUUCAACAUUGUUGGAGGUGAGGAUGGAGAGGGUAUCUUCAUUUCCUUCAUCCUGGCUGGAGGGCCAGCAGACCUCAGCGGGGAACUUCACAAAGGCGAUCAGAUCCUUAGUGUAAAUGGUGUGGAUCUGCGUAUGGCCACACAUGAGCAGGCCGCUGCUGCACUGAAGAACGCGGGCCAGACUGUAACCAUCGUCGCUCAGUACAGACCAGAUGAGUACAGCCGCUUUGAGGCAAAAAUCCACGACCUGAGGGAACAGCUAAUGAACAGCAGCAUGGGCUCUGGAACAACAACUUUGAGGAGUAACCCAAAGAGAGGCUUCUAUAUCAGGGCUCUUUUUGACUAUGACAAGACUGCAGACUGUGGCUUCCUCAGUCAAGCUCUUAGUUUUCGGUUUGGGGACGUGCUGCAUGUGUUAGACUGCGGGGACGAAGAGUGGUGGCAAGCCCGCAGGGUCAGUCCCCAGAACGAGGCAGAGGAGGUCGGCUUCAUUCCCAGCAAGCACAGAGUGGAAAGGAAAGACUGGUCUCGUGGAAACACCAAAGAGAGGGAUCAUGGUCGAGACAGCUUGAGCACUCAAGGGAGAGAUAAGAAAAUGUCACAAAGUUAUGAGACGGUCACUCAAGUGGAAGUACAUUAUGCGAGGCCCAUUAUCAUUCUGGGUCCGGUGAAGGACAGGAUAAAUGACGACCUGUUGUCUGAGUUCCCUGAUAAGUUUGGAUCCUGCGUCCCUCACACUACGAGGCCUAAGAGGGACUAUGAAGUGGAUGGAAGAGAUUACCAUUUUGUGUCGUCACGGGAACAGAUGGAGAAAGAUAUCCAAAGCCAUAGAUUCAUAGAGGCUGGCCAGUACAACAGUCACUUGUAUGGCACCAGCGUUCAGAGCGUCCGAGAGGUGGCAGAACAGCAAGGGAAACACUGCAUCCUUGAUGUCUCUGCCAAUGCUGUCCGCAGACUACAAGCAGCUCAGCUGCAUCCUAUUGCCAUCUUUGUCCGACCCAAAUCCCUGGAGAAUGUUCUAGAAAUCAACACUCGUCUGACAGAAGAGCAGGCCAGGAAAGGAAUGGAUCGAGCUCUUAAACUAGAACAAGACUUCCUGGAGUGUUUCACAGCUGUCGUGGAAGGGGACAGCUUUGAAGAGGUAUAUCACAAAGUAAAGACAGUGGUUGAGGAACAGUCGGGGCCUUACAUCUGGAUCCCAACUCGGGAAAGGCUGUGAUGCUGCCUCCGCCCAAACGCCGCUCCCUCACAGCCACCGACCCGACACCGCCCUUCACCUUCACAGCCAAGCCGGCCUCGCCUGUCUGUCUGUAUGUCUGUCCUACAGCAACGUCAGAGCUUUGGCAAUCACUGCAAAACAAAGAGGCCGACACACAGGAAGCAACUCAGCGAGGCAAAGACAGAUACCAAAAAAAGAAACUGCGCAGAUGUGAACACAGUGAAAAGAUCUAAUCAGUAUUCCACAUAGAUGAAACAGGACUGAACACUGAAGCCCUGAACACACUUAGCAUUAAAUGCACCUUUGAUACGAGCUAUGAUUGCAUCUAAAACUGGGGGAAGGCAAACGUCCUAAACGCUUUAGUGAUGCUAAAUAACCCGUGUGUGUGUGGGUAUGUAUGUUUGCGUGGUUUUAUGCAUAUUUAGAAGCCUUUGCAUUUUCUCACCAGAUCAAUAGCAAAUGAAGUGAAUUUAACACACAGAGGGACUAGCUGCAACAGAUCUGAGUUGUAUUUUCACGCCAGGUUCUCCACACCGUCUAGAUUUUUCUGGACGACAGGCAGCUUGAAAGAGAGCAGGGGGGGGGGGAUUUGGCCUAGCACAGAUGAAGUGUUAAGAGCACCUCAUCCCCUGCAGUCAUCUCAAGUCUCAUGCCUGCACUGAACACCUCCUAGCGCCAAUGCCUCCUGAUGUUCAAAGAGAUACUGGCCCCUUGUUUUAUAUGGUCUCUUGGCCUUCUGACCUCCCCCUCGACCUAACAACUCCCCUUCUUUCAAAAAAGGGUGCAAGACCGGGAACUGGUUUGGGACGGGGGGAUCUGGCAGAUGCCACGAGUCUUUUCUUAGCAAAGACCUAUGUUUUAUAAGACUCUUCUUGGUCGCUGGUGUGAGCUCAAAUAACACCUCAGAGACCAAGACUGACUUUUGUUGUAUCACUCAUCUUAAAUAUUGCAAGUCUUUAUUUAAAGGAAGUUCAAAUAACUAUAAAGAUAAUCACUCAUUAUGCUGAAUUUGUGCAUGCAUUCUCAUAAACAAUGGAGACAGGGAAAAAUGUAUUUUUUUUAAGACAUUAAAAAGCAGUAGGGUGGGUUUUCCUCUACUUCCUUGUUGAGUGGAAGAGUUUCCGCAUGUGUCACGAUGAUACAAAAGAGGAGAGAAAUGGCAGUGAGAGGCUGCAUAAAACCAGAGCUACUUGUUUUUUUCCUUUGUUGUACACACUCUCACGCACCCGCACACAAAAUAUCACAAGUGGGACUAACACACGCGUGGCAUCGUAACCUCCGAUAGUUCGGGCCUGCCAGUUAAAGUCCAGGAUGAAAAUUAUCUGUGAGCUCAAGCAGCAGAACUCUGAGCUUCAGCGCUGCAGUCCAUCCACUCGCUGGUCACACUUCCAAAAGAUCCCUCUCUGUUCCAGUCGUACACGCUGUUUCCAGUGGCCACAGAAAAAAAAGCCAUGCUGUCUGGGUGUGUGUGUUAAAGUGUGUUUGUGUCUCUGCACAGCUGUGCUCAUUCAUGUGUGGAAACUCCUGGGUCUGGGUGGGAAUAGGUCUUCUUUAUUCUCUCUCUUCCACUUUUCACUUCUCUGUUUCCCUUUCUUGAGUUUACACAAUAUAAAGUUAGUCAAAAAAAUAUAUCGAUGGCCUAUAUAUAUAAAUACAUACAGUAUAUAUAUAAAUAUAUAUAUAUAUAUAUAUAUCUUUUUUAUUACAAUUUCUAAGGGAACCAAGUCUGUAAAAAUUCCCAUUUCCAAUUAUUAUACCAUUGAUUCCUUUGGGUAAUAUUGCAUUUUGGUCGUUGCACUGACUCACAUUUCUAUUUUGUCGUUGUAAGAUGCAGCUAAAAGCUACUCAGAAACAAACUGCUAAAGCCAAUGUAAAGCAGACCUCACACUAGAGCUUUGAAAUAUAUGACAUGCUCUUGUUUAAAAACGAAGACACGUGCAAUGCAGCUGUGUGUGUCCGUGACGGUAUGUGUCUCUCGUGUGCGUGUGUGUGAGUCGGACGAAAGUUUAAAAUUUCUGUAUAAAAUAGAAUAAAAAAAUGUCAUCCUUUAUAACAGCAUCCCGCUGGUUAUGAUGUAUAUUACAUAAAUGUGUGCAUGUGUGAGAGACUGAGACACACAAGAAGAUGUAGUGCAAUACUGUUAUGUUAUGCAACGGAGAAGGUUUGGUGUAUACGAUUUAAAGAGUUCCUGAAAAGUUUGAACUGAUGGCAGGGUCUGCUGUAAAUACAGCAGAGACAGAGGGAAAGGGGCCGUUUUAAGAGCAUGUGUUUGUGUUAACUUAUAUGUUCUGAAUUAUAAGAGUGAAGGUGGAAGUAUUGAUGGAAAUUUAGUAUUUAUUGUUUCUUUUUACUCACUUCUCUCAGCACAAAGUGGAACAGCUGAGGCUUGCGAAUGACAAGUGUCAGUUCUUGGUUUUGGUUUCUGAGCUAUUAUUUAUUUAAAGUUGUCCCUGUACUCAUCUCAUGUCUGUAUAUUUUUGUGUAUUUUUUUUCUACAUCAAGAAACCCCUUUGGGUCUUCGCCACAAAAGCUGUAAAUACAUUAGAGCUGCUGGGGUGCAGCGGUGUGGCUUUAGCUUGGCCAUCCGCACUGCUAAAGGGAAGCAAAUAGGAGCCCCCAACUGGUUAAACUGCUAUGAUAUGGAAACAUUUGCACACUCUGGGUGGACAACACACACAAAGACACGCAUCAUAUAAGCACUUUCCACACAUGCAUUAACAUUUAUACAGUGACGGAGUCACCAAAAAGGGCGACACAAUCAUGAAUUGAAUAUGUUUUAAAUCUUUUUCUUUAAGGGUUCAAUGUAUUUCUUAAUAUCUCCCUCAGCCAUCCGUAUCAUAAUGUGAUAUUCCUUAUGAAUUAUAUGAAUUUUUACAGAAAAGACUGAAUACAAACUUACAACAAAGUCAACUGAUGCAGAAAAAUAUAUUAAAUAAUGAAAAUAUGAAGCAAAAUAAAAUGUUCCAGUUCAGUGAAGCGCUUGUUGUAAAUUAGCUAUUAAAAUAAUAAAAUGAAUUUAAAAUUGCUUUCUGAA